AUGCCACUCAUACUCAUCACUGGCUGUAUGUUCUCAGGCAAAACAACAGAGCUCUUCGCAUAUGUCGAACAAGUCGAAAAAGAAGGACAAAGCUGGGUCAUUUUCAAGAAGAAUAUCGAUACUCGUUACUCUAAAGAUCAUGCAUGCAGUCACAAUCAAGUUCAAAAGAAAGCAACCUCCACCGAAAACCUCAUGAAUGUUCUAUCCGAGACAAAACAGCAUGACAUGAUCGCUGUGGACGAAGGUCAAUUCUUUUCAGACCUUGUACCCUUUUGCGAAGAGCUUGUCAAAGAGGGUAAGACAGUGGUCGUGAGUGCUUUGAACGCUGACUAUAAGAACCAACCGUUCCCAGUAGUCUCUGCUCUAUCCUCACUUGAGUAUACUGAAAUCAUUGAAAAGAAGGCCGAAUGCCAAUAUUGCAAGCAAGAAAAUGCAACAUGUUCCAUCCUUAAAGAUCAACCUGACAUGUCAGCUACCAGUGAGAGCUUUAUUAUUGGUGGGGCGGAGAGUUAUUGUGCCGCCUGCAUUGAAUGUAGAAAUAAACUUGUAAAUAAAUAA